GCUGUUCUUGUAGCGGACACUCCCCCAUCUUGGCUCACACACCCUCUGACUAUAGACAAGCCGAGGAUUGCUGCCCUGCCACAGGCUACUGAAACCGGACGACUCUGCUGCAAAGGUGGAGAGAUAAUCUGUGAGAGGAAAUCAAAGGAGGGUCCCAGUAAGAGAAUACCCAAAACCCCCUCAUCUUCAACAUGGGGGCUGUUGUCUCACGGUGGAGGGCUAAACCAUCCACUGUAGAGAUUUUGGAGGGAAUCGAUAAGGAUAUACAGAUUCUUGAAGAAUAUAGUGAGAAGUAUCAAAGGCAGUUGAAGAUAUGGGUCGGGCGACUGCUUUUGUAUUCGUCUCUUCUCUACCUGGUCACAUGUGUAGUUGUGUAUUUCUGGUACCUGCCUGAACAGUUAAUGGGACGCCUCAUAUUGUCCCUUCCCUUCGUGAUGUUUCCCUUAUUAGUGUGGUUACUUCGAAAAUUGCUUAUAAUUAUCUUUUCUCGAAGAACUGAAAAAAACAAUGAAAAAUUAGAGGAUCUAAAAGCACAAAAAAGGAAGAUACUUGAAGAAGUUAUGGAAACUGAGACAUACAAAAAUGCUAAAAUGAUUCUGGAGAGAUUUGACCCUGAUUCCAAGAAAAAAAUUGAGCUGGAAUCUACUCCAGUUGGACCUCAGAUGACUCCAAAACCAGGACAAGAGCUCCGCCAACGCAAUGUCUUCCCAAAGACCCCCCCAGUGGCAGUGAAUCCUGCAACCAGUGCUGCCGCCCGCCCUCCUCUUGCCUCUGGGCCCACCUAUCCUGGACGAGCUUCCCACUCUGCUCCAGGUGGACCCCCAGAGAGGAUCCUGUCGGCUAUAGCUGCUCAGCAGAGCUUGAUGAGGAAGCCUGUGACCCCUGGAACACCUGUUCCAGGAGUUGGGAUGCAUCCCCCAGGUCCGCCCCUGGCCAGACCUGUGCUCCCAAGGGAAAGAGGCGCCAUGGACAGAGUCAUUGAGUAUCUUGUUGGAGAUGGUCCUCAGAACAGAUAUGCUCUCAUAUGUCAGCAGUGUCUGUCCCAUAACGGCAUGGCAUUAAAGGAGGAAUUUGAAUUCAUUGCCUUCCGAUGUGCAUAUUGUUACUUCUUGAACCCUGCAAGAAAGACCAGGCCUCAGGCACCCAGACUUCCUGAGGUCACUGGUGAACUGAAAAUGUCAUCUGAGGCACCUUUACCAUCGUCUAGUGCUGAUGUAGAUGACGACCAAUCUGAUUUAGGGAAAUCCAGGCUUGCUGAUGUGUCUGCUGAAACAGACACCCAAGAGCCAAGCACACCAACAACCGCAGAGUCCAAUUCUGUGUCAGAUGGCCAAAGCACCCCAGAGUCACAAGACCUGCCCCCUGAGAAAUCUGAUGGAGAGCAAGAUGUGUCUGCCAUGGAAGUAGAAUAAAACAGUGGAGUAGUGAUUUCAACACGAGUCUGGCUGGAAGGUGAUAACUUUAAGUAAAUGCCGUAAGUUGGAGUAACACUGUAACAAGCCAGCAGCUGGUGUGAUUUUGAACUUAGAGUACACAAUGUACUUUCUUUUGAGAAUUGUUUUUAUAGUUCUAGCAAUAGUAAUGAAUUAAAUAUUAAAUCACACAUAGCACUAGCAUUUGGUAGCAACUGCCCAACAACCCAUCUUUGUAGUAAUGAUUAUGUGUCCUACUUAUUUUCAUGUCAUCUUAUUGAGAUCAAAUGUGUGAUGCUAAGUUAAGUUGUUUUUGAUGCUGUAUAGGAAAAGUCUUUUUCCAUGUUUCAUUUCCAUAUUUUAUUUGUUGUUGACUGAAUUCUAACAUUUUGCUAUCCUGGUUAACAGGGAACUGUGGAAACAAAACAAGAAAUAUUUUGUGGGGAAAAUAAAUUUUUAUUUAUGGGAAACUAUUUAUAAAUAUUUUUCUAUAAUGCAGUGCCUUUCAUGACCAUGUUGACUGGGGUACUCCGUAGCACAGUGGUGCUAACAAGCUGUUUACACAACCAUGGUACCAUAAUAGGAAUGCACAUACAAAAUGUAUUUAUUGCUAAAAGGGAGGAGAUGUAGGAGAUUUACUGUGCACACGCUCCAAGUGCCUUUUAUGUUUUAAGUCUCUGCUGCAAAGUUUUGUGGACACAACCUAUUUUCAUUUAGACAGUAAAGUCAUUUAACUGUUUUCAGUCUUAAGUGACAGUAUUUGUUUGCUGAAUGUCUAAAUUCCUGUUGCUGUAUAAGUAAUACUAAAUAAACAUUUGAGAACA